AUCACAGACCGGCAGGGUUUCAACUACUGGUGUCUCUGCAGUGAUGUACAGGUGUACCCCAGGACACUGUGACAUCACUGCUGGUUGUUGUUGUUGUUGUUGUUGUUGUUGAGGGGGAAAAGGAAGCUGCUGUCUCUCCAACAAUCACCAACACUGGAUUACUACUAACUACCAGCAGUAGUUGUUUGUUCCACUGACAGACUCAGGUUGUUAUUGUCAGUGACUGCUUUAUGGAAAGGAUCCCUACAGACAGAAACAGAAUCCAGCUCGUCUCUGUUAGUGUUUCCAACAAUCACCAACUCUGGUUUGGAGGAAAUAAAUCCUUAAUUCACCGACGUAGCUGAUAGAAACAGGACAGACCGGCUAUGGAAACAAACCAGAGCUCAACCGUGCAGCGGUUCAGUAAAGCUGCAGUUAGACACGUUUCCAUGGUUAAACGUGUGAACAAAGGAUUUGCUCGCAGAUGUUUUUUGGACGUUGAGAUGAAGAAAUAUUUUAUCAGUCAGGUUAGUAGAAAGUGAGUCUGACCCAUUUCACAGAAACAGAGUAAAAUCACCUCAGUGGAUUCCUGCACAGGUCGGAGGUCACACAAACUUCCCCCUCGGGGUUUCUUACUACUGUGGGUUUAUGUUAAUGAAGGCUCUUUACUGAUGCCUGAUUGGCUGCUGUUGUCGGAGGGGGCCGUCCCUCCUCUUUGGGGGACAGGGUUGAAGUCGGGUGCACAAGACGCUUCAGAUCAGAUUUGAGUCAGACUGUGCAGCGAGGCGGGUUUUUUCUGAUGUUGUGGAGCUGAGGAGAGAGACAGGAAGUCGAACUGACGAACCAAAAAACCACCAAAAAAGACAAAAAAGACAAAGAGGAAGUACAGAGAACAUGAAACUGCAGGAUGACUGAACCUCAGUUCAUCAACUCCUACGACAACGAUCUACAUAUGAAUUUGAUGCCGUACGACUACAUUCCUCCAGUGGACAUAAAGACUGAACCCUACAUACCUGAGACAGGUACGCAGACGAUCUCUCAUGGUCCCUACAUUCAGAUCAUCGAGGAGCCCAAACAGAGGGGCUUUCGUUUCCGUUAUGAGUGCGAAGGUCCGUCCCACGGCGGGCUCCCGGGGGCCUCCAGCGAGAAGAACCGGAGAACCUACCCGACAGUGAAGAUCAAUAACUACGUUGGUCACGCCCGGGUGGAGGUCCAGCUGGUGACGCACUCUGACCCCCCUCGUGUUCACGCCCACAGUCUGGUGGGACGCCACUGCACCGAGAACGGCACCUGCACGCUGGACGUCGGACCCAACGACCUCACUGCCUCUUUCAGUAACCUGGGGAUCCUCCAUGUGACCAAGAAAGGUGUGGUGGAGGUUUUGAGUCGGAGGCUGCGAGAAGAGAGGAAGAGACAGAAAGGAGCUCACUGUCACCUCACAGCAGACUCGGAGGAGACGUCCAUCCUGAAGGAGGCCAAGGAGCUGGGGAAGGUGAUGGACCUGAACAUCGUCCGGUUAAAGUUCACCGCCUACCUCCAGGACAGCAACGGAGGAUUCACCAGAGCGCUGAAACCCGUCGUCUCCAACCCCAUCUACGACAGCAAGUCUCCCAACGCCUCCAACCUGAAGAUCUCUCGGAUGGAUAAGACGUGCGGCUCGGUGCUCGGAGGAGACGAGAUCUUCCUGCUGUGCGACAAAGUGCAGAAAGAUGACAUCGAGAUCCGCUUUUAUGAGGAAGACGAGGAGGGAGGCUGGGAGGCGUUCGGGGACUUCUCACCCACCGAUGUUCACAAACAGUACGCCAUCGUGUUCAAGACGCCGCCCUAUCACAGCGCCGAGAUCGAGCGGCCUGUCACCGUCUUCCUGCAGCUGAAGAGGAAAAAGGCCGGCGACAGCAGCGACCCCAAACAGUUCACCUACAUCCCGCACGUUCAAGACAAAGAGGAGGUGCUGAGGAAGAAGCAGAAGCCGCUGCCUCACUACGAACCCUGGAGAGGAGGAGGAGGAGGAGGAGGAGGAAGAGGAGGAGGAGGAGCCGGGGGAUUCGGAGGAGGAGGAGGAGGAGGAUUCCAGUUCAACCAGCAGAUGAAUGGAGGAGGAGGAGGAGGAACAGGAGGAGUCUUCUUCACAUCCGGAUUCACAGGCUUCGGCACAGGAGGCGGGGCUCAGAUGUCUGGCUCCACCCCUCAGACGGGGGUUACCCAGCAACAGACAGACGCACAGACAGGAGGACAGACAGGAGGACAGACAGGCUCGCCACUACAACAGCAGCUGUUUCAGAUCGCCGCCGCCCUCCACAGCCGAGCGUCUCAGAGCGCCAGACAGACCGCCGCCGCCCUGCUGCAGUACUGCAGCACCGGGGACGCCCGGGUCCUUCUGGCAAUCCAGAGACACCUCUGUGGCGUCCAGGAUGGCAACGGGGACACUCCUUUGCACCUGGCCAUCAUCCACCAGCAGACUGGAGUGAUCCAGCAACUGAUCCAAACUCUGCUCAGCAGCCAGCAGCCAAACAUCGUCAACACAGCCAACCACCUCCGACAGACUCCUCUCCACCUGGCAGUGAUCACCCGGCAGGUGAAGGUGGUGGAGGCGUUGCUGAGGGCGGGGGCCGACCCCAGCCUGCUCGACAAAGAUGGCCGCGGUCCCAUCCACCUGGCGGUACUGGCUGGAGACCACGCCUCACUCCGCCCCCUGCUGGCACACCUGGGAGAACGCCACGCCCACCUGGUCAACACCCCUGACUACCACGGUCUUCAUCCUCUCCACCUGGCGGUGAGGAAGGACGGCGAGCGCUGCCUCCGUCUGCUCGUGGAGGGCGGAGCCAAAAUCAACGCGCCUGAGCAGAAGAGUGGAAACACGGCCCUCCACCUGGCUGUCAGAGAAAACCUGUUCAAGGUGGCCUGCACUCUCAUCACAGAGCUGAAGGCCGACGUCAACGCGUGCACAUUCGGAGGAAACACUCCGCUCCACCUGGCGGCCAGUCUGGGCUCGCCGACGCUCUGCUCCAUGCUCGUCGCUGCAGGUGCUGAUAAAAACAUGGAGAACGACGAGCCGCUCUUCUUCAGCUCUUCUUCAGACGAAGAGCCGGACGAAGACGAACCAAUCAGAGAGGAGGCCAAAGAGCGAGAGGCCGCAGCUCAGCCAAUCAACCCUCGCAAGAGACCCGCGGCAGGACACACCCCCCUGGACCUCGCCAAGUGUCAAAAGGUGAGGAACCUGUUAAACUCCCGACAGAGUCCGAAGUCGAGUCGUCACAGCAGUAAGAAGAUGAAACCAAGCAGCACUGAAGAGACGGAGGCGUCGGGGCUGGACGAGGACACUCUGUCCCGGCUGGUGGAGGUGUUGAGUGUCGGAGACGUUCCCUGGAGGAAACUGGCGGAGAAGCUGGGGAUGAUGACGCUGACUCACCUGUACCUGGACAGUCCAACGCCCUGCCACCACCUGCUGCAGCACUACAAGCUGGGUGGAGGUCCAGUUGAAGGUCUGGUUGAAGCUCUUCAGUCUCUCGGUCUGACAGAAGGAGUCCGACUGCUGAGAAACACCGAACUACGAGACGACAAACACAGCACAGACGCCACGGUCGACAGCGGCUUCGGUAGCCAGCCAAUGGAGGAGGAGGAGGCGCCUGUGGCCAAUCAGUGACGAGCAGGAAGUGAAACCUUCAUCCUGAACCAGGACUCUGCAGAACUGGACUCGGACUCACAGACCGACAGAGUUUCUGCUCGCACUCUCUCGGAGACGAGGAGCUGCGUUCCAGACGGAAGCCGGGAUUGUAAAUUCUCAACAUGAAGUCACCGGAAAUUUUACCAAAAAGAGUUUUAAAAGAUGAACUGAAGUGUUUAAAACGAACGACGUUGCAUCAUAAAAGUGUUUUUUCUCUUUUUAAAUCAUAAAAUUUGUCUUUUUUUAAUUUAUAUUUUGUUUUUCUUGUAAUUUAGUUUUUAUGAGUUUAUUUCUGUGUGACGUCUGAUGGACGAUCCUUGAAUUUCACCUUAAAAGUCCUUAAUUUUUCUUUUUUAUGAUCAAUUAUCUGUCGAACAUUUUAUUAUUGAUCCAAGAAAGUGAAAUGAGGAUAAAAGUUUGCUGUAAAUCUGUUUACGAAGGUUUGUCGUGUCGUUGGGAGCCGAUCUGCCUUUUUCAUUUAGUAGGAAAUGUUCUGCCUGGUCUGGAACGCAGCACGUUGAGUGUCGGAGCUCACCUGUUCACUCACCUGUUCACUCACCUGUUAUCAGUUUAAAAACCUUUUUCUCUCCAUUCAGUAAAAUUUAAGCUCUUUAUGGAAGCUGAUGGCGACAAGAAAAAGAUUUUAAAUGUUACAAAAUGACAUUUUAAAAAUAAUAUUGUCAGUAAAAGUUGUGAUAAAUUAUUAAAUAGUUUUGGCUGAAAAAGUCAAAAUAUUUCCAAAUAACUUGUAUGUCAAACGUUUCAUAUAUUAAAACACUCAAAAUUAUUAAAAAGUGUUUUUAACUCAACAUUAUGUAAAUGUUUACUCAAAGUCUAAAUUAUGUUUUUUUGAGCUGGUCAAAUAUUUUUAUAUACACUGUAAAACCUGACAUCUUAAUAAAAGAAUAAAUUAACACAAAUUAAUCCUCAUUCAUUUACUUUAAUUAAACCAACUCAGAAAUUAAUUAUUGAAGCAACUCAGUUGUUUUGUGUGAACUUAAAUGUGUUCAGUAUUUUAAUUAUUGGUAAUUCCAGUUUGUUCCAUUGACUCGACUUUAUAUUGUUAUAAAACUAAACAUUCAGGUUAUUUAUCAUCAGAAGCCCAAUUAUGCAUCCAAAUAAUUCUUAUUGAUCCCCCAAAGUGCAAAGAUUUUAUGUCAUUACAGAAAUAAACAGGUGUUAAAUUGUCCAUUUUAAUAAUCAGUUGAUUAUUGAGUGAACACAUUUUAAAUCAGUUUGGAGAAAUUCUGCAUAUGAGAGUAACUUCAAUUAACUGAAUAAAUACUUAAAUAUCUUUUAAUGUUUAAACAGUUUGAGUUGAACUAACUCAUCAGGUUUUACAGUGUAUCUCUAAAGAAGUCAUAAUAACUGAUUUAAAUCACAAUGACAAACAUUUGAAUACAAAAGUUUUACGUUUCUCUCCGGAGACGUUGAGUUUAGUUUGUGGGUUGUGCAACUUUACCAGAAUGUUAAUUGAUGAGGAUCAAUCAUCCUUCCUCCUCCGUUAGUUCCUGUUUCUCUCUUCUGUGGCGGCUGUGUGUGUUUUUACUAAUACUGUGUAUUCUUGUGGUUUCUCUUCUUAACCAAACAGCCUGGAAAUAAAAUAUUUAAUCAGCGUUUAACGAACUUUAGCGAAUGUCGAGGUUUCUGAAACUCUGAAUAAAAAUGACUCUCAGAACUUCCA